UCUCUGAGUUUUAGUUAGGUGCUGUUGAUACUGUAGUUUGGAGUCACCAAGACUCAGAACUGAAUAUAGCAGCACACGUUCAUCGCUCUGAAACAGUUUUUAAAAUUUCCAUUACAUAAUCCCAUGACUUGUACAUUUGUGUAAAUAGAUAUUUUCUAUUUUUUUUAUAUCGAGACAACGACGAGAUGGAACUUAAUUCUCUUCUUAUUCUGCUGGAGGCUGCAGAGUACUUGGAAAGAAGAGACAGAGAGGCAGAACACGGUUAUGCGUCUGUUUUACCGUACAUGGACGACUUUUCCAGUAAGAAAACGAAAGCCUCGCCAAUUUCCCGCAAAACUCACAACAAUAGAUCAUCGCACAACGAGUUGGAGAAACACAGACGUGCCAAACUACGGCUGUACUUGGACCAGUUGAAGAAGCUGGUGCCUUUGGGUCCAGACAGCACAAGACACACCACACUGAGCUUGCUGAAAAGGGCCAAGAUGCACAUCAAGAAGCUGGAGGAGCUGGACAAGAAGGCUUUAAACACGAAGGAGCAGCUGCAGAGAGAGCACCGCUACCUCAAACGCCGCCUGGAGCAGCUUUCUGUCUCCGGAUCCUCGGAGCGCAUCCGCACCGACAGCAUGGGCUCCACCAUCUCCACCGACUCUGAGCAAGACGUGGACAUCGAGGGCAUGGAGUUCACUCCCGGCGAGGUGGACAGCGUGGACAGCAUCAGCGACGGCGAGGAGGAGGAGGACCACUACAGCCUCCAGAGCAGCUCCAGCGACACCAGUUACACAGCCACACAUUCCCACAGACUGCAGCCGCACCACUGUUAGGACGCCGAGCGGACAUCCACCUCCCAACCAGCUUCCUCCCCCACGCUUCCCCCCCCCCUCACCUAUACCUUCCCCGACCAUUUUCCGCCCGCAAACCUCCAUCAGACCGGUCCACAGCGGAGAUGAACCCCCCCUUCUCCUGGCCCCGGCUCUACAGGAAAUGCCACUCAAAAAGCCUUCCUGACCCCCCUGACCACUGACCCUACCUCACCCUACUGUAUCCUGCCUGAACUCGCACCACCCCGCCCCCCCCCUUCACACCCCCUGCCCUCCCACUGCCAUCACACCCCCUUACCUAGUGUUGCCACAGGCUCAUAGAGAGCAGAGCAGAGUUUGUGGGUUUUAUUGGGGACUUCUGUGGUGUGGUGGACAGCUUUGACUUGUUAAUCGUGUGUGUGUGUGUGUGUGUGUGUGUGUGUGUGUGUGUGUGUGUGUGUGUGUGUGUGUGUGUGUGUGUGUGUGUGUGUGGUGUGUGUGUGUGGUGUGUGUGUGUGUGUUGUGUGUGUUGUGUGUGUGUGUGUGUGUGUGUGUGUUGUGUGUGUGUGUGUGUUGUGUGGGUUGUGUGUGUGUGUGUGUGUGUGCGAAUAUGUAAGAGAGAAAGAACAAGCGAGGGAGUUUAGGAGGGUUAAAAAACAAAAUAUAGACUUCCUGUAAUCUCUAUAAGGCCAUAGCAACCCCAGACAGGCACCGUGUUUGUGAUGUAAAAGGUAAAGCACUUCUGCAUUCUCUGCAAUAUUUGCAACACGCAAAGGUAUUUACAUCACACAGUAUCUUCCCUUUACACAAUAUAAGAUUUACCGGAGCAGCUAUUGCAGGCGUCACGCACUUUCCUUGAAACGAUGAAAAAUGGAGAAGGUUAGAGUAAUAGUUUGACAUUUUGGGGAAAUGUAUAGCUUUCGUUUUGAGCCGUUUCUCCUACAAUUCCAGUCUUUAUGCUAAGCUAAGCGACCGCUGGCUGUAGCUUCACAUUUAGCAAACAGACGUAUGGUAUCGAUCUUCUCAUCUAACUAAGCUUCUUUUUUCCCAAAAUGUAAAACUAUUCCUUUAUUUGUUCCCCAUUUUCAUGUCAAAGUGCUGCGUCUGUGUCACUAAAAAUAGGACGUUUUCAGUAGCUACGUCUGCACACAAAUGCAUGCAUCUUCAAAACAGGGCUGAUUUCUGGCCAAAGACAAUCUGAAAAACGUACAGAGCUGUAGCAGAGAAUAAUUAUUGUAUAUAGACGCACAGUUACUGUCUCCCUGUGGUCGGGUUGCCUCACCACUACUCCACACUACUGACCACUACACUAUACCACCCUAUGGUGUGGAUGGACUACUAAGUCAAUUGAAAAAAGGAGUUGCCUCAUUACUAAAAACUCUAUUCCUUAAAGAUUGAUUCAAAUCUUGUGAUUCCUUCUCAGUAGCGAAUUGAUGUAGCAAUAAAUACGAGAGGCAGGUUGUUCCUCUGAGUGUUUAAACAAUUCUGGAGGACCAUGAGGCGUCACGGAGACUUUUACCUGUUCAACGGCCAGUGGGUGUUAACUGAGAGCGGACCAGCGGAAAAAGGAGCAAUUCUCCUUUUUCUUGUUCACUAAUGGAUCCCUCUCUGUGCUCACAACGCCAUUUACCCAGAAUUCCCAUUCCUCUACAGCUUUGUUGCUUUUUCAACAGUAUUCAGGUGUGUCCGGAUGUUUGUCUGUCUUUCUGAUUAACAAGUCAAAGCUGUGAAUUUGGAGAGAAAAAAUGUAAAAGAUAAAAAAAAAGGGCCAGCUCUAAGGACGUGUUUUCUGUAGAGGCGUUUGCUUUAGCUUAUAACUAAUCACAUUCAGUUUCUUUAACAAAGACUAAUAGUUAUUUUUCUCUGCUAUCUGUUACUUGUCUCCAGGGCUUGUAAUUGAUUCACGAUAGUCACUAUUGACGGAAGGGGCGCUUCUGUCGCUCUCUGACCAUUUAAUAAUCAUUAGGCCUCAGUCUGGCAGUCUUUAGAGCUUGGCAUUCAAACACUUGAAAACAAAAAAGACCUGUCCACCAUGGCAGGUCUGCCAAAAAACUAUAAAAAAACUACAAAAGACUCAAGAACACAAAAAACAAAAGAAGCAACAUGUCACUCAAAGUGAUGUUAGCCAGUGUAGUCUAUAUUUCUUGUAUUACAUUUUGUAUUAUAUUUUCCUAAAUGUUCUCUUGUAAUGAAAAGACAAAAAAGAGCAAGUAUAUCUAUCUAUAUAUAAAUGUAAAAUAUAAAUAUAUAUGAGAGACAGACGGACGUGAGGUCAGGCUUGUUGAAGGGAGAGUGGGGGCAGGGGAGCUGAUACACUGGCCCCUCUCCCUUGGGUGACUCUCCUGCUGUCAUUCUGUGCCUUGGUGAGCCUUCGACCUCCCCCCCCCCCCCCCCCCCCCCCACCUCCUCCUCCUCACCCUCGCUCCCUACUCAGGUCACACUCCCCCUUCUCUUUGUCCCACCCUCCCUCUGGUGGGAGAUUUCCACCAUUUACCAUGCCAAAACACUUCCAUGAGCAAUGGGCACUUGAAGAGAAGAUCUCAUUAUAAAUACAUUUGAAAAAAACCCCUCUCUCUACUGUUGUUUUAGGCACCCCCCCCCCCCCCCCCCCCCCCCCAAAGACCCUGACGCCCGCUCGUCUGCCAGCGCUGCCUCUGUCACAGAACAUGUUUUCAAAACCACACACUGGUAAACUCCCAUGGCAGCUUCCAGUCACCCCCAAUAACCACCAACGGGGCUCAAAACUUCUGGGCUUGAAGCAAGUUUUUAUUUUGUUUUUGUUAAUUUACUUUUGUUCUUUGUUGACUAUUUGUUCGUUCAAUGGGAGUCACUGGGAUGGGAGUGAUAAAAUAAUCCAAUCGAUGGCAGCUUAAAGGUGUAAUCCUCCGCGCUCCCAGUGGUCCGUCCCAGUAAAAGUGUUACCCGCUGAUCAGGGGACCUCUUGAGACACAGCAAUAUUACCAUCUCGUGCUUUCUGGGGGUGGGCGGGGGGGUUUAAAGGCAAGCAGGCAGUUUGGCUUUUGACUCUGUGGUGCAUUUUAUGGUGACCAACUCUACAUUUUGUUUUGAUGACCUCCUAUCUGCACUCUCUCCAUACACUGCAGGAGGGCAACAAAAAAAACUAGAGUUUAAAAAACGUUUGAAAAGCUGUUUUUUUUUUAUAUUUGUCAUCAAGAGUUUACAUUUAUGUCAAUGGAUUUGUACAUGACUGUAUCAGAAAUGUCAGAAAUGAACAACGAAGCGAACCAGAUGAAUGCAUAAAGUGAUUCUCUUGCACAGAACCUCCCAGCGGAAACCUGACCGAGUGAAUGGGACGAGGGCCAGAUAUGAGAUUAUAAUAAAUGGCAUUAUUGAAAAAUGUACAUAGCACACUCAGAAGGGCUUUGAACAGCUGACUGGACGGCGACGCGGUAACAUUUAGUCUGAAUGCUGGAUGGAUAGUGUUUAUGGACAAUCUUUUAAUGAUGUGCCUUAAAAAAAGUUAUUUUCAGAGAUGGUACAAAUAAAUGAAGAUGGUUCAAUCAGGUAGAAGCCCCUUUAAGAGGAAACAGAAUAUGUUACUGCCUCUUUCUUUAUAAAAUAAGGUUCAUAUUUAUGGGACUCUUCAUUAAAACUCCUUUUGAGAUUAAAGCACGAUUUAAGAGUCAUCAGAGCGAGCACAGGCGUGGUUUGAUAUUUGCUUUCAUGUUGCUGUUGCAGAGAUUUACUUCAGCGUGUUGGGUUUUUUCUAAGAGCACAAAAGCACAGUGUGAUAUUUGGGGAAGUCAGCAGGCAGAGAGAGAGAGAGAGGGUGGGAGGUGGGAUGAAAUCAGAAACAGAACCACCAUCCUAUUGCUCAGCGGUGGUUCUUACAUAAACAGACACUUCCAUUAAAUAUGAUUCCUGCCAAAAAAAAUUGUCACUUUUUAAACCUUCCAUGCAGAAUGAUCUGUAAUGUGAUUUCAGGCGACUAGCUUUAAGUACUUGUAGGCUUUAGGUCAGCAUCCCGCUAUCCAGACCCCCAGCCUUUUUGUCUUUUCUCCUUUUUAUUUUGUUCAUCUUCUGUACCCAGAGGCUUGCUGGGAUUUGUAGUGGAGGGGGGAGGGGGGGGGGGAGUUAGUUGUGGGCUGACAUACUGUGCAGAGAAGGGAGAGUUCUGUGCCAGAGACCUGUGAAUAUGUUCCUUUUUAGCGAAUGUGUAAUAUGCAUUCAGAAGAUGUUAUAUAUAAGUUCCUUUUUUUUGUUUUGUGUGAGUACACAUGUACCUGGUGCUGGCUACAUUUUGGCAAACACAUGAAGGUAUUGUGCAUUCUCUCAUUGUAAUAUAAUUAAAAUGUUUUAUACAUA